GCACCAUCUUGCGGCAGUAAGCGGGAGUACCUCAAAUGGGUUGCUUGGAUACAAGGCAACAAAUGAUUCAAUUGUGGCGUUGACAAAGUUGGAACAUGUUGCUUUAGUUAGGAACUUUACUUAAUAACUUUACCAAAUAUCAUUACUGCGUUAGAGGGGGAAAAUGUCAUUACCAGUUCAACAUGACCAACGGAAAGGAGCUGGUAAAAGUGCCUUUCCAGCUGAAGACCCCAACGAGACAAUCCAGUUCCCAGAUCUGCGUCAGAUUACCGUUUUAUCCAAGGCUGACUGGCUGAGGAUCCAGGAUGAAAUUAAUCACGUGGACAAGGAGAAGGAAGCAAUGAUGGAGGCCAUGAGGGAGAGGCAGGCCUUGCAUCUGAAAUCCAAACAGAUGGCCAAAUUGUGGCCUAACACACUUGCAUGUCAAAGACAGAAGAAGCUGGAGGCAAAAAAGAUCCGGGAGCAGAUUGAAGAGGAGAAAAGGAAACAGAUCGAUAUGGAAGAAGCCAAAUAUCGGGAAGAAAAGCGGAAAGAGGCGAUCGAGAAGGCAAAGGAGCAGCUCUACUAUGAAACGGGGCGAGUCAAAGGACUACACCGGGCACUCUUGCUAACAGAAGUUCUGAAGGAAAGAGAAGCCCAGAUAAAGUUGAAGCAAAGCAGGAAGAACACUUCUGAGGACCUCGAAAAAGAAUACAUACAGAUGGUGAAGACCAGAGAUGAUGAAGCUCUCCAAAAAGAGCAGGAACGAACGCAAAAGAAAAAAGAGGAGUGCAAAGUUUUUGCUGAAGAACUGGACAAGCAGAUUAAGGGAAAACAACUAGAACGAGAACGACAGAAGCAAGAGACAAAGAAAGACGGCGAGGAAAUCCAACGGCUUCAAGAGCUCCAUCAACGGGAGCAAGAAAUGGAGGAGCAGUCAAAAGUCGGGCAGAAGAUUGAUUUCAUGAAAGCUCAGCGGGAGCAUCUCACUCAAAGAGACAUUGCAAAGGCGGCCGAUGCGGAAAAACAGGAGGCGGAGGAAGCCCAAAGAAAACUGUUCCUUUCUGCAAAGGAGAAGAUGAUGAAGUUAAGACGGGAUAAAGAGAAGGAGUUGCUCAGAGAGGUCCAGAAUCGCAAAGAGAAGAUCAUGGAAAAACUGACAUUGGUUCAGCAAGAGGAGAAGCGGCAGAAGCAGCAAAGCGUUGCCAAGGCUGUCGCGGAGCAGGAUGCACAGAGGAUGCAGCAGGAAUGGGAGGAGGAGCAGAAGAGACUGAAAAUGAUGAAGUCAAUCGCAGCUCACAGGGAACAAGUGAUUCAAGAGAAAGAGCAAAAGGAACUAAUCAGAAAGGAGAAAGAAAAAGAAGCUCUUCAAGCGAAGAAAGAAGGUGACAGAAUAUUUGUUGAAGAACAGCAAAAGAAGGCCCAGAGCAUCCGGCAGAAGCUCCAGAAGAUUCAGGACUUUAACGCAAGCCAGAUGGCGGAGAGAAAAGCCCGGCAGCAUCAAGUAAGGCAAGCUGAGCACGAGUUUGAAGCCAAGAACAUGGAGCUCCUCGCUGAGGAGGAGCUCGGCUUUCAACAGUACUCAAGGGCUGUAGUCCAGGCAGCCGCCGCGGCUCAGCGCAGCGUGCUUCCACUCUACAAAGCCGUGAGGGAAGGGGUAACCGGGGUCCCCACCUUCACCGGAGCAAGACCUCGCUACCUCGUUCACGACAGCAGCGGUGCCGAAAUGCCCAAAUAUGUCUCAGACAAAACGCAGGAUAUUAAGAAGAUCCAUGAGGUUGUAGAUAUUGAAGAUGCAAAGAAGAGGUUGGGCUUUACGUGGUUAUAGUUUACUGGCUGAACUUGACAAUGUUGAUUAGACGAAUUUGAAACCUUAAUUUAUCUGGCGUGUUCUUCACUGUGGUGUGUCAAAUUCUGAAGAUAUUUUCACUGGAAUGUAUAAGAAGAGUGUUACCCUGCAUAGUUGACAUUUUUCUCCGAAUGGAAAAGUGCUGCUUUGGCGCCCUCUUGUGGCACCCAGUACUUUACAUUCACAGGAAGACUCGCUCGCUAUUUACCGAUGUAACUGUAUUUUGUGAGUGCUAAUAAUUGUAGUGGAACCUUGCAGCAAUAUUUUAAAAUCAAAAUGAUGUAUUUUAAUUCCAAUCUACAGAGAGGAGCUCCUACUUAGAGCAUUUCACAUAAGAUGAUUUUUAAGCUGACAUUACAGUUUACUCCGUUAAAAAGAAAAAACAAACAAAAUGACAAGAAUACAAAGACUAUGCGGUGUCAUUUAAAACGUCAAUGGGUGAAGAUAAAACCUCAAGGUGUGGAACAGGCAUGCAAAAAAAAUCUCUUUUGCUACUCCCCCAGAAAUGUUAAAUAAAAGUUUCAGUAGAAAAAAAAAA